AUGAUGUUUAUAUUUAAUUUUUAGAUUGAUUAAUUUUCAUAUUGCAAUCAGUCAUUCAAUGUAAUAUUAAAUUUCAGUUUAGGAAUGUCAAAGAGAGGGUGCUAUAAUUAGAGAAAUAAUAAAAAGAUAGAGAAGAGGAAGAACAAUCAUCAAAAACAUUAAAAUCUACUUAGAUUACUAAAGUCUAAUAGGAUUAGGUUAUAAUAUAAAAGUAUUUCAUUUACAUUAUUCGAACUUAGUCAAAUAGAGAAGCAUGAGUAAGAUCAAAUUAUACGAGAAAGUGAUGUAAUCAAAACUUUAAAUAAAAUGUUUAAUGACAAUCCUGAUGUGAGAGAUUAAAUAGAGGGAUAAUUAUAAAAAUAAAGUCAAAUGUCAACACAACUUGAGGAAGAUUGGGAUGAAGAGAAUGAGAGGAAUGAUUAAUAAUAAUAUUCAUAAGAUUUGAUUUAAUAAGUAAAUGAUCAAGAAUUACAAAGUGAAGACAGAAUUUAUGUAAGUAUUAUAACUAAUGAAUUAACUACUUAAAUAAAAAAAUCAUAAAGAUUAUCUAUGGAUUUAUAAUCAAUAAGUAUUCAAAAUCGAUCUUAAUCAAUUUUAUAAUAGAAAUUGAUAAUCAACGAUUCUAAUCAAUUGGUUUUAGUAUAAGAUGAUAGUUAUUAUUUAGAAUAUAUGGAUAAGAUUAUAUUUAUUUAAAGAUUUGUAAAAUAAAAAUAAGAAAAAGAUAGAAAGGAAAGAAUUGAAAAGGAGAAAUAACUUAUUGAGAAAAUGAAUAGAUAUAGAAUAAAUGUAUUGAAUGAGUUAAUAUAAACAGAAAUUAAGUAUGUAGCUGAUUUAGAGAUUUUAAAUACUAUUAAAAAUAUAAUGGCUGAAAAAUUUUAAAAUAAAGAAGAAGAUAUAAAGGUUAUGUUUAAUAUUCAUGAGAUUCUAUAAUUUAAUACUGAGUUCUUGAAUGAAUUAUAAAAGAAUAAUAAUUUAAAAGAUCCAAAUGCUAUUGUAAUGGGAAGUAUAGUUCCUCUUCUGAAUGGAUUUAUAUUUUACUAUGAAUAUUGUAAAGCUUAUGAUCAAGCUAGAAAAACAACUAGUUAUUAUGAAACAUUACCUACAUUUUAAUAAUGUUUUAAGGAUAGCAAAAUAUAAAUUUUAUUAAAAGGAUUAACAUUGAAUGAUUAUACUAUUAAACCUGUUUAACGAUUACCUAAAUAUGUACUAUUAUUCAAGGAUUUAUUAAAACAUACAAUAUCAUCACAUCCUGAUUAUUAAAAUGUGAAAUAUUGUCUUGAGACUAUUGAAAAGAUUAAUGAUAAGAACAAUAAUGAAAUGGAUGUAUAUCUUAAAUAAGCAAAAUUAAUUGAAUUAUAUUAAUAAUUUGGAAAUAUUUAAAAUUUGACAAUUUUUGAACCAAAUAUAUAUUUCAUUUUUGAAGAUAUUUGUUCAAUUUAUACAAAAAAAAUAGAAUAAAGGAUUAUUAUAUAUGCAUUUAAUAGUUUACUAUUAUUUGCAAAAAUAAAUAAGUUAAAUGCUUUAGAAUAUUAAUUUCAUAUUCCAAUUUCAUAUCAAUCUUUUAUUAAGGAUAUAAAAGAUUUAUUAAUAAUUAAAAAUUCUUUUGAAUUUGUGAAUAGAAAUGAGACAAUUGUUAUUGUAUGUGAGAAUGAAAAAAAUAAAUAAGAAUUAAUGAUGAAAAUUUAACAUAUCAUAAAUUAAUAAAUUGAGGUUUUUCAAUCAAAAAUAGAUAAAAAAUAAGAAAAUUAUCUUUGUGUUAAAGUAGAAAUAUUAGGAACUGAAACAGAUCCAAAAUUUGAUAAGAAUAUUACUUUUUAUAAAACAAACUUUACUAUUGAUAAUAUUACUAUUACAAGUUUAAUUAGAUUUAGUUAAGUUAUAAGUUUAUUUUAAAUUGUUAAUAAAUAUGAUAAUAAACUAAAAAUACCAAUAAUAACAAAGAGUUUAUCAUCAAAAAGUUAAAGAGUAAUUGAUGAAAGGAAAUUAAGAAUUGAGUAAUUAUUGUAAAUUAUACUUAAUUCUCCAUAGAUAAUAGAAAAUUAUGAAUAUUAGAGAUAGGUAUUAGAAAUACUUAAUCUUGAUACUAAAUUUUAUAGUUUACCUGAAUAAAAGAAAUAGAAACCUGAGUUAUUUUAGAACAAAUCUAAAUUAGGAAAAAAACAAAAUUAAAAUAAUUCUUCUUUAGAAUAUCUUUAAUAAAUAUAAUAAUAAAUAUUUAAAUCUAAAAUAAGUGAUGAUGAUAAAUAUGUAAAAAUUGGACUUGAAGCAGUCUCUUAACCUUAUUGUAUAGAAAUGAUGUUAUUGACUGGCUAAACAAUAUAGGUUGGUUUUAAGAAAAACACAUUAACUUGGUUUAUAAAGAAUGCAGUUGCAAAUCAUAUUAAUUUAAAGUAUUUUGUAGAUUUUAAAAUUUUUAUUGUUGAUACAGGAGGUAUAAUAAGAGUGAUAGAAGAUGAUGAAAAGAUUUCAACAUUUUUAGAUACUAGUAAAACAGGAUUUCUAUAAGUAUUAAAAAAGAUGUUUAAUAAUGGAACAAAAUUUUAAUUUAUAUUUAGAAAAUAUUUAUAUUUACCUUGGAAAUAGGAAGAAUUAGAAUAUUAAUAGGAUGAAAUUAGAUUGAAAUUUUUAAUGUUUGAAAUUGUAUUUUUAGCAAGAAAUUAAACUUUUCCUUUGAGUUUUAUAGAUUUUUGUUUGAUGACUGCAUUUUAUAGUAUUGCAACCUAAUAAAAAAUUGAUAAAAAUCUAUUGAAAAAAGCAAUUCCUAAUAAUAUAAUUAAAUAACAUUCUGAGAAACUUUGGUUAGAAUAGAUAUAAAGAGAAGUAGCAUUUAGAGAAAAAUAAUUAAUGGAAUUUUAGAUUCAAUCAUAAAAGAAAGAUUAAAAUAAAAAGAAUUAUACAAUUCAAAAUUUAUCAUCAUUAUUAAUGGUAACUUGUUUUUAGACUAAUAUUUUAUUUGGAAUGUAAUUAUUUUUUGUAGAAUGUACAAAAGAAACAAUAUAAAUUGCAUAAUAAAAGGAAUUUGGAAUAAAACUUAGUCAUAAUGUAUUAAUAGGUAUUAAAAUGAAUAAUUAAAGGAUUAAAUUAUAAUGGUUUACAUUUCAUCAAACCAGAAAAUAGAGCUUGGCUUGGUAAGAUUGAUUAUAAAUCGAUAACAGAAAUAAAAGCGUUUCCAAUAGAAUUUGUUUGCAAUAUCAAUAAUUUCAAUUUGAAAUUUAAGACUCAAACACCUUAUGAAGUAAAAUAUUCUGUUUAAGAUUUAGAUUAAACACUUAAUUUUAGAAUAUUAACAAAUAAUCGAAAUUCUAAAUUCUUGA